UAGGAUCAAACAGAUCGAUUGGUUAUAACUUGAAAAUAAAUAAUAAAGAAGUAAGUUAAAAUUUUAAUUUAAAUUUUAAUCAAAACCUUCACGUGAAUAACAAAAUGAGUGAUGGUAAGAAUAACAUCUCUGAAGAAUCAAUAAACAAGAAAAUUGAAAAGUAUCAGGAAGCGUUCAAAAUACUGGAUAACUUGAUCAAGAAAUUUCCAACUGAUCCAACUAAGGAAGAACUUGAGAUCCUGCAAUUAAAUAUAGCAGAUAAUGAAGAAAUUAUCAAAGAUGUAGCAGCCAAUUUAUCACAAUGGGAAAAAUUGAAGAAGAAAAAUAUUAAAUUGCCAAGUUCAACAUUGUUGAUCAAUAUGAUCGAGUCAAUUAAAAUCAUGAAGCAAAGAAUAUCCAAAUUCAUGAACGAAUUUAAUGAAUUGUUAGGAAGAGAAACAGAAAUAACAGAUGUUAAAUUAUCUGAAGUAAAGAAUAACAUGACGGAAAGAUCAAGAAGAUUGCAAGAAAAUAUGCAAAUGGAAGAUUUUAUUAAUCAAUCAAUUGGAACUAGUAGGAAUCCAACAACAAGUGAAUUAUUUCCAAGACAAAUUCAAGAACAAAAUAAGUAUCAAACAUUUCCAAAAUCAAUCUUUUCGCAUUCCACUCCUUAUCAACCUGGGUCUGGAACAAGAUUUGUAACGACACCAAAUAUCACGCCAGAACAAAGCCAUGAAAAAACAGAAAUAGCACAAUUGAAAGAACAAGUAAGUCAAUUGACGAAUUUAAUCCAGAACAAUUUUGGAUGGAUGUCAGCACGGCAAUUUGAACAACAACAUCAAUCUACAUCUAAUGCUGGAAAUUACUGUCCACCUAGAAUGCCAAAUCGAGAACCUCCUAUUGUUGACGCAUGGUAUAGACCAAUGCAAAUGCCACCAAUAGAUUAUUCAAGAACAUUCAAAAUCAAAGAAGUUGAUUAUAUUCCAAAAUUUGAUGGUAAAGCAAGAAAUUUUAAAUCGUUUAUUAAAAUGUUUUCACAAGUAGUCGGGGUAACGCCGAUAUCAGAUGAAUACAAAAUAAUGCUUUUGAAACAAAAACUGGAUGAAUACAGUCAAGGAAUAAUUCUGGGGGCUGAGGAAUAUAAAACAGCAUAUGCAAGACUUGUAAAAGAAUAUUGUGAUCCAACUAUAAUUCAAGAAGAUGUAAUGAAAGAAAUAGAAGCAAUACCACCGUUAAUGAAUGUAAUGGAUAGCAAACAAAUGAGGAAAAAUCUUGGUAUAAUUCAACAUCGUUAUGAAGAAUUAAAAAAUGAUCCAGUUCAUCAACAGUUUUUGGAAAGAAAUUUCUUCUUAGAAAUUUGUAAGAAAUUCCCACAAGUUAUUGCUGAUAGAUCAAACGAAUAUACGGGAAGACCCGAAAGAAUAAAUCAAUAUUUAAAAGAUGCAGAAAUGUUUAUUGAUGGUUGGAGGUAUAUGAACAAGCAACCAGAAACAACAAAAAGUCGAAUUAAUAGAAAUAUUCGUUCAGAAACAAUAAUUAUUGAAGAAAUAGAACCAAAUAUCACAACAACAAAUAGAAAUAGAAUACAAAGUACAACAUUUACCAACAGAUUUAAUCAACAAAGAAAUGUUAAUAAUGUGCAGAGGAAUAACAGUAAUAAUCAAAACCAAAGAGCACCUUUUACUGGCAGAUUUGGUCAACAAAGAAAUGUUAAUACAGCACCAAGGAAUAACAGUAAUAAUCAAAACCGAAGAGCACCUUUUACUGGCAGAUUUGGCCAACAAGGGAACGUUAACAUAACAUCAAGAGAUAACAACAAUUUACAAAAUAAUAAUGAAACAAAGGUAUGCAGAAUUUGUGAUCAACUACAUUCAUCACGUAAUUGUCCAUUAACAAUUGAAGAAAGAAAACAAGAAAUAUUAAGAAAGAGGUUAUGCUACAAAUGUCUUAGUCAUAAUCAUAUAACUAAAGAUUGUCCAAUGAAAAAGGGAUGUUACCAAUGUGGAGGAAGCCACUCCUAUUUAAUUUGUUAUCAACAACCAAAUGCGAUACAAAGAAUUGAAGCUGCCCCAUUAAUACAGCACCAACAACCAAUAACAGUACAAAGAAUUGAAGCUGCCCCAUCAAAUCAAACAAAUAGUGUAAAUAAUACCAAUACAGAAGUAAAAGAAUUAAUAUUAUUUAAUCAACCACAACAGUUAUCCUGACUAAAAACACCAGGAUUAACUAAAAUCAAAAUAUUACUAAAUAAGAAACCCUGUGAAGCUCUUUUUGAUAGUGGUUCUACUCAUAGCUUCAUUAACCAACAAAUAAAAGAACAAUUGAAAUUACAAUGGGUAGAACAAGGGGAAAUUAUUGUUAAUCAAGCAACGACAAAAACAACAGCAAUUGGAAUCGUGAAAAUUGAAGUCCAAAUUGGGGUUAUGAUCAGAAAUCAUUUAUUUUAUGUGCUACCAAUAAACCAUGAAGUAAUCAUAGGAGUCGAUGCUAUGAAGAAAUUUCAAAUUUAUCAGACAUACUAUUUCUCAAGAAAUCCCGAUCCAGAAAUUAAUAUCUUAUCCUUAAGAAAAUUGGAAGAGUUGCACGAACCAUUGAUGAAUAAUUUACCAAAAGGAUGUAUUAAACAAAACAACUUUAUCAUGAAGACAAAUAAUGAAAAAUCCAGAUACUAUUUGCCAAAAGAAAAUGCAAUAGAAGAGAUGCAAAGAAUCCAUGUUGAAAAAGGACAUCUCGGAAUAAUCAAGACAUUACUUCAUUUUGCAACUAAGUACUAUGCGAUAAAUCAAAAUCAAUUAGCAACAGAUGUUGUAAAUGGAUGUGAAGUAUGCAAAAAAGGCAAAAAGCAGAUUAAGAAAUUGGGAAAAAUUGGUCAAAUUGGUCCGGCAACAAAACCAUUUGAAAUAAUACAUAUUGACACCAAAGGAGGUUUUUCAGAUCCAAAGAACAAAUUAAGAUAUUGUCACUUAGCUAUUGAUAUGUUCUCACGAUACGUGUGGGCAAAAACAUCAGAUGGACAGAUGGCAAAGGACUUUAUCAAAUUAAUAGAUCUGAUUAAACUAGAUGGUAAACCAGAAACAAUAGUAACUGAUCGAUAUGGUGCGUUAAAAUCAGAAGCACUGAAACAAAAACUAAUAUCAGAAAAUAUAAAACAAAUAUUCACACCAACAGCCCAUCCACAAAGUAACGGCAUGGUGGAAAGAAUCGGGCAAACUUUAGUAGAAAAAUUGCGGUGUAAGAAAAUUAUUGAACCAACAAGAUCUUGGUCUGUUUUAGCAAAACAAGCUAUAGAAGAAUACAACCUCACCAUCCAUUGUUCAACAGGUUAUACACCAGCAUACUUACUAAAAGGUUAUGAUCCUGAAAAACUAUAUGAAGGAAAGGAUCUAGCAGUAAUUAGAGAAUUGGCAUUUACAAACAGCCAAAAUGCUCAUAAAGAAGCAAUUAAAAGAAUAAACAAGAAACAAAAGGCAAUGAAUUUUAUAGAAGGGGAUUUGGUAUACGCAAACUUGGCUGAUGAAUUGAAUAAAGAAAAACUAGAUCCAGUUUUCCAAGGACCGUUCAAAAUAUGUAAAGUAAUAUCGGAACGAAUGUAUGAAAUACAACUGCCCAACAGGAUUGAACGUGUUCACAUCGGAAAGUUGAAGCCUUACCAUCCACCUAUCCAACUAUAAAAGUGAAAGUGAAAGUGAAAGUGAUCAACAAUAGUGAUUUUUGUUUUUGUUUUUGUUUAUUUUCUUUUAGAAUCAACAAAAGUGAAUAUUUUAAAUAUUGUGAAUAAAACAAAGUGAAGUGACAUCAAAAUGAAUUCCAACA